UAUCUAUGUAUCUAUCUAUUGUAGAGGAAUGUAAAUGAAUGGUGUGUACUGUGUACAUCUGACCCAAUGAAAAUGAAAGUGUAUUCUGCUCCUGUCUCCUCCAGUGCACGCACAGGAGUAUCUGCGCUCCAUACUCAGUAGACUAGGCGCGUUACAGCUGGGCCGGAGUUGAAACCGGUUUUGUUGUUUGUUUGUUUGUUUUUCUUGGAUUCGGGGAAUGGAGAAUCAACCUGGGCAUAAUCUUAAUAAUCCAAUAGAACCAGCAGGACAGCAGGAGGUUUACUACGCCGCGGCGCGUCCCACCAUGACCGGCCAGCCGGCGGUUAGCCGUGUUCCCACUCCGCCGCCAAAUGACGCGGCUCCGCCCGUGGCGGAGUCCUGGUGCUACACCCAAGUGAAGGUGGUGAAGUUCUCUUACAUGUGGACAAUCUCUAAUUUCAGCUUCUGCCGGGAGGAGAUGGGCGAGGUGCUCAAAUCCUCGACCUUCUCGGCCGGACAGAACGACAAGUUGAAGUGGUGUUUGAGGGUGAACCCGAAGGGGUUGGACGAGGAGUCGAAGGAGUAUUUAUCCUUGUAUCUCCUUCUCAUGUCCUGCAACAAGAGUGAGGUCCGCGCCAAGUUUAAGUUUAGUAUUCUAAACGCAAAACGGGAAGAAACAAAAGCUAUGGAGAGUCAACGUGCGUAUAAAUUCGUUCAGGGCAAAGACUGGGGGUUCAAGAAGUUUAUUCGGCGGGAUUUCCUGAUGGACGAUGCUAAUGGACUUCUCCCAGACGAUAAACUGACCUUGUUUUGUGAAGUUUCGGUUGUAGCAGACUCUGUAAAUAUAUUCGGACAAUCAAGUGCUGUUCAGUUUAAGGUGCCGGAUUGCCGGUUAGCCGACGAUUUGGGUGGAUUGUUUGAAAACUCUCAGUUUACUGAUGUUACAUUGUCGUGUGGCGGCCGUGAAUUUAAUGGUCAUAAAGCUAUACUAGCAGCUAGAUCACAGGUUUUUCAAGCAAUGUUCGAGCACGACAUGGAGGAGAAGAAGAGCAGCAGGGUCGAGGUCAAGGAUGUCGAGGCAGAUGUUAUGGCGGAGAUGCUACGGUUUAUAUACACGGGGCGGACAACUAGUCUAGAGACGAUGGCGGAUAGUCUUCUUGCCGCGGCGGAUAAAUAUGCACUGGACAGACUAAAAGUGAUGUGUGAAGAGGCGUUGUGUAACGGGUUAACUGUAGAGAAUGUAUCUGAGGUUCUAAUACUAGCAGAUCUACACUCAGCAGAACAACUCAAAGCACAGGCGAUUGAGUUUAUAAACACACGCCACGUGACCGAUGUGAUGGAGACGGGUAGUUGGAAACAGAUGGUCGGUUCCCAUCCACAUCUCAUAGCAGAGGCAUUCAAGGCCCUGGCAAGCCAACAGAUACCACCCAUGGGUCCACCAAGGAAAAAAGUAAAAUAAGUAUUUUGAACCUGAUAAAUGGGUGGAUAUCAAGAGAAACCAUUAGUGAAAGUCUAUUCGAACUUAUUAACGUGGUAUAUCUCCAAAUAAAAUAGUAACUGUGAGCAGUCUUUCGAAUUCAUUCUGAAGGGAGAAAUGUUAAAAUUACCCUGUGGGAUGAACCGGCCAGUGAGAAUAGGGAAAUUAAAUCUGAAAAUGCGCAAUAUAUAGAUUGCCGAAUUGCGCAAAUUUACACGUGACAUCAUGAGUCAAUCCAAUACAUGAUGUGCACUGAGAAUACACAAAGAGAUGCCGAGAAAUGAAGAAACAAUUUUCAGUGUUUGCUGAUAUAGGUUCAUGCUGCGUGUUACAAAACAAGAAUUCUCUGUGUUCUGAUUACACAAUUAUUUUGUUUAAUAUUUCGGUUUAGUUUGUAUUUUAUAAACUCAUCAUUAAUUGUUAAUUUUUGUGACUAGUUCCCUACAUGGAUAGUUGUUUAGCUAGACAAGUAACCUGUAGUUUAUGUUGUGGACAAGUGUAUAUAUUUUUUAUAUUAAAACCCCAGGAGCAAGUAAACAAAAUACAAAUCUAGGAGAAAAAAAGAUAGUUUUCAUGAUCUAUAAUUUUUUCUGCUGAAAUAUUGAAAACUCCUAGUGUUUAUCCUUUUUUCAUAAUAUUUUUCCCGUUUUUCUCCUCAAAACGAAUCGACGAAAAUAUUUCGUCUGGACAAACAUUUUUCGACUGAGUGCACACAGAAUUUGUUAAAUUAGGAAACCUUUUCUGAAAACUUAAAUUUUUUAAAGAAUAUCAUCGUGAUUAAGAAAAUUCCACUUAGCAAUGUCUACUUAAAAGAGAAGUGUUUUCCAGCGAACAUUUUUUGUCCAAGUCUUUCAUAUCGUUGAGGUUUCCUUAUUAUGCAUUUUGUCCAUAAAUGAAUGUAUUCUUUUCUUGCUCGAUACUAGAUAAAAUAAAGAUCAACAAUUUCUUGAGAA